GUUCCAUCUAUAACAGAGUGGUUGAGAAAUGAAUUCAGCAACCGUACCGAUGUAAGAAUAGGAGCAGACCCAAUGCUUAUUCCAGCAUUCGUAUGGGAAACAUGGGAAAAAGAACUAGCACAGUCAUCGGUAAAUCUCAUAGCAAUAUCGACCAAUUUGAUUGAUUUAAUUUGGCAAAUCGGACGUCCAAAAAAUAAUACAUACGCCGCUUAUCCAUUAGAAAUAAAAUUUGCUGGGAAAGCAUGGCAAGAAAAAGUACGACAAAUUAGAUUAAAAAUGGAAUUAUUUGGAGCAGAUGCAUUGGUUAUAACUGCUCUCGAUGAAAUAGCUUGGUUAUUAAAUAUUCGCGGCUGGGAUUUACCAAACACACCUGUGUUGAAAUCUUAUGUAAUUGUUACUCAAGGUUCAAUUUAUCUUUAUGCUGAACGACAUAAAGUUUUGCGGUCUGUCGAUAUACAUUUAAAAUCUGAUGGCUGUUACCACGCAGACUGUGUCAGAUUAAAAAGUUAUACAGACAUUUGGAAUGAUUUACGGACAAUGUCUCAAACAUGGAGUAAAGUAUGGUUGCCAUCUUACUGUGGAUACGCUCAGGGAGCGUCACGAAUAAUUUACAUAUCCUAUUGUUGUACUAUUUAUGAACACAUAUUAACAUGCAAUAAAUUGUCAGCACUGUCAAGUCAACUUGAUUUGACGGAAGGGUCACCCAGAUUAUAUGAAAACUCAUCCUCGAUUAAUCAGCCAGCACCAUGGCAUGUCAGUAUCAGAAUCAACGGCGUUCAUUUCUGCAGUGGAGCAAUUAUCGGCAGGGAUUGGGUGGUCACCUCAGCUCAGUGUAUUGCCAGUUGUACAGGAACCAACCGAUUAAUAACAAUCCAAACUGCAAGCGCAAAUUUCACCAUAAGUGGCAGUAUUCACUCUAUUAUGACAUCCAUCAUUCACGAAUCAUACUCAACAAUUAAUUGCAACUUACCAUUAAAUGACAUUGGGUUACUUAGAAUAUCGGAUUAUUUCAAUUUAGAUGGGCCCCAUGCACCAAAAAUAAUAAACUUGAAUAGUUCGUUUACUGUGUUACCCGAUAGAAAACUCAAUAUUUCUAAUUGGAACCAAGAUUUGGUGGAUGGUAAAAUUUUUACCAAUGUUGAAGUUAGCAAUUGGGCAACACUUAGUAGCCAACAGUGUAUACAAUAUUAUUAUUCUAUGAGUGGUAUUGAUAGGAGUCGAUUUUGUGCAAUUGAUAUGGAAGGUCCUACAGGAAAUCCUUGUUCUAUUGGUGAUACUGGCAACCCGGUGGUUUUAAAUGGACAAUUAGUAGGAAUUAAAUCAUGGAAGAUGAACUGUAACUUACUGCCUCAAGCAGCAUCUCUCUUUACUAAUAUUCCAGUUGAAAAACGAUUUCCUCAUCCAUCACCAAUAAUUGAAUUACGAGCAGUAAAAAAUGAAAUUGAGAUAUUAGGGAUGAGAAAAGCACAUUUACGUGAUGCAGUGGCAAUGUGUGAUUUUAUGGCUUACAUGGAAGACCAGUUGAAUUAUAAAACGACAAAAUGGGAUGAAAUGCAAGUGGCAAGGGUCGUUAAUGAAUUUCGACUUGAAAUGGAUUACAAUCAGGGUAUUUCUUUUCCAACAAUAGUGGGAUAUGGGCCGCAUGCCGCGUUACCUCACUAUGAGCCGAUCGAUAGUACCAGUUUGAUGAUUGAAUUAAAUUCAACGUUAGUAAUAGACUCAGGUGGACAGUAUUUGGAUGGCACUACUGAUGUUACAAGAACAAUACAUUUUGGUGAGCCAACACAAGAACAGAAAGAAGCUUAUACACGUGUUUUAAUAGGCUCUAUUGAAUUAGCGUCAUUAAUUUUUCCAAGUAGUUUAAGAACAGAUCAACUAGAUGUUCUGGCCAGACGUCCUCUGUGGGGCAUGGGUAAUGAUUAUAUGCAUGGAACUGGACAUGGUAUCGGUCAUUUUCUAUCUGUUCAUGAACCUCCAAUUAGCGUAUCGUAUAAUAUGAAUGCUACACCAACAGCUGGUUGUACGUGUUAUUUAAGCCCAGGCAAUUUUUUAUCUAAUGAACCAGGUUAUUAUAAAGCCGGUGAUUUUGGAAUACGUUUGGAAAAUGUACUAGAAGUUGUAGAAGCAGAUACACCACAACAAGAAAAACAAAGGUUUUUGAAAUUCCGCGAUGUGACCUUGAUACCCUACGAGCCAAAACUGAUAGAUACUAGUAUGUUGAGUUCUGCACAUAGACGUUGGUUAAAUAAUUACAACAGCCGCAUUAGAAAUGAGGUAGGACCGGAAUUAAAAAAACAUUUGAGAAUGGUUGGAUUCAAAUGGAUGAUGAAGAAAACACGUAGCAUUCCUGAAUCAGGUGACGUAGAUGAGCGUCUUUUUGUUGGCGCAGCAAGUCCAUCAUAUUUUAAGAAAGAAAUGGUUGCUUCAACAAAAUCCGAAAAGUAUUUUAGACUUUUUCUUGAUGACACAGAAAGUAACAGAAAGAAUUUCGAUCUUGUUUAAAAAAAAAAUAUUAUCAUGA